ACAGCCCACAUAGUGUUGUAGUAAAUAAUCAUAAAAAAUCUACAAUCAUUUCAUAAAAAGGUGGAAGCGUCCCAAAGUUUUUUUUAUCUACAUACAAACAACACGAAGAAAAUCAUUUUGAUAAAAUAAUUUUUAAGCUUUAAAUUAUGAGUGAAUUGGUGGAAGACUUUUUGGCACGUGAAAAAGACGGUCUUUCUGGACUAGAAAAAGAGAUUCCCUCAGCAUUCCAAGAAAAUGGUGACAUAAGUGCAAAUAAUUACUGUGAAGAUGAUCAAGACGAAUCAUAUGUUAAACCUCAAUCAGCUGAUGUACCUGAGAAGAUUCGAAAAUGGAGAGAAGAACAACAAACUCGAUUACACGAUAAAGACAUUGCCGAAGAGAAGGCGAAGAACAUACUUAGAAAACAAGCAGAAAAAGAACUCGAGGAUUGGUACAAAAGACAUGAAGAGACUAUAACGAAAACUAAAACGCUCAAUAGAAAUGCUGAAAAAGAAAAUAUUGCUGAAGCUGAUGAGAUAGAGCCUGGAACUGAAUGGGAAAGAAUCGCCAAGUUAUGCGACUUCAGUCAAUCUACAAAAGGUAGUAAAUCUGUCAAAGAUAAUAGUCGUAUGCGAAGUAUUAUUCUGCAGUUGAAGCAAUCUCCGAUGGAACGAGAAAAAUCUUAAUUCAUUAAUCCUCACUAAGUCAAACAAUACAAAUGGUAUUCCAGAAUCUGGUUAGAAAGAGAUUAGACUAUUUAUGUUGUGCAACUAAUUAAUUAGGUUUUUGUUUUUGUCUCUUCAAUGCUUGGUUGAAUGAGUUCAUAAUGAGUAUGAUUUUCAUUUAUCGAAUCAUAAGUUCUGUUAGAAUGAAAUAAGUAUUAAUAUUACCUAAUUAAGUUGAAAAAUCGUAACAAGAAUCUCAUUUGAUAAAAUUUUAUAACAUCCAUUAUUGUGUUAUUUAUUUAAAGAAGAAUGAUUUAGAGUUAUUUUUGUGUUGAAAACAAAGCUGUAAUGUAUCAAUGUAGAUUAAUCUUUUGCGCCUAAUAAAUAUUUCAGUCUAGUGAAACUAACUAUAAAAGUCGAAAAAA